AUGCCGAGGCGCCUCGCAGUCGUAGAGGAUUCCUCCGACACUGAAGAGUUGUCGGACAACCAGGAGAUUGACCAGCAGCGCAACGUCCCGGUCUCGAAGAGGAGCCUGGAAUAUCCCCCCGAGGAAGGCGACGUCGUGAGACGCAUCAAUAUUGCGGGGAAACCGGGCAACACCCUUGCCAUGAUCCGCGAAGCUGUCGAAUUUCAUGGCAAAUAUAAGCAAGACGAGAAGCGCUUCAAACUCAGCUUCCGACGGGCGUUCCUGAAGGGCAUCGAGGAUGGCGUGCUGGUUCGCACAAACGCCACCAAAACCAAGCAGGGCCUCAGCGGCCGCGUGAAGCUGGCUCCGGCCGAGCCAAAGCCGAGGCAGAAACCUAGGAAGCCUGCUCCCAAGAAGGCUAAGGAUGCCCCGGUCGAAGAUCCCGAGGAUGAAGGGUCGUCGGCGUCCGAGACUCCUGCGAUCCCCAAGCCUCCCGCCAAACCAAAGGCCCCGAAGAAGGUCAAGGCCCUCGUCCCUCAGGUCGUGGAUGACGCGAACGAAGGGCACGACGCGGCACACGUGGCAGCAGUGAAAGCCCCGAAGGCGAAAGCAGGGAGGCCCCGCAAGAAGCCCACCGAGAAAAAGGAGGAAGGCCCUCCGCCCGUGAAGACAAAGCAGACGGCCGGGAAGAAGGCGCCUUCCGCGGAUUUUGAGCAGGAAGCGGACUCGGAAGCAGACCAGGAAGAGCCCGCAAAGGCGGCUGCUGCGAAGGGCCGUCCGCAAGCCCUGCGGUCUCGUAGGAAUGCGCUCUGAAAUUGCUCAUGCUCAUGGCGCUGUGCUUUUAUUAUCAAAGUGCAAU